AGAUUGGCCCGCACUGGAAGAAGGCCAGCAAUUGAAGAACACUCAAUUAUGAAAACCGAAACAACCAUUCCACUCCCAAAUCCCAAGAAUAAAACGAUGCCGAGCUCCAAUACGAAACGCCUCUUGUUUGACCGCCGCUACGGUUGGGUAAUUGAUGAAUGGAAAAACCCCUCUGAAGAAGCACUUGCUGGUGGCCGUGGAAUGUUUUGCGUCGUCCCUAUUGCAAAAGGAUUGGUAGAGCUGGCCUCGUACUCGAUAAACUCUGUGGCGAAUUCUGCAAUUAAAAUUCUGGAAAGACGUGACCACUCCUAUCCUCAGAAUUUGCAAGCUACUUUUGGCAAUCAGCUUCAGCAGCUGGCGGCUUCUAUACAAAAGCCAGACUUCAGCCUGUUGACGUUUAAGGGGAAACGUUCCGAAAGUGGCAACAUUGAAGAAGUAGAAACUGUCUAAUUAUGGAUUAGUGCUUUCUCUGUAAUAGCUUAGGAAGCUUCCUGUGUAUUCUUAGCCAGUAUUGGUUCAUUUGGUGUAUUUGGAGGCCUUGGCCUCAUUAUGUAGAUUGGCUAACGAAGUAUUGUACCUCUUUAUUUAAUGGGUGUUCUAUUGUCAGCUGAUCAUUCCAUUUUCAAGAUGAUUGUUGAAAAGCCUCUUACCUCAUUGUGUAUGUUGGGCAUUUUGUAUUCAGCUCACUGGAAUUUGAGUGAUAGGCACCUAUAUAUCUCGAUGUUGAGGACA